AUGACGUCAUCUUCGGCGGCGGCGGCUGCGGCGGCGGCCGCGUCCUACCAGAGGGUACUGCAGCAGCCGUGGGUAGCGACCCCGUCAGGUGCGGCGUCGGUGGCGCAUGCCCCGGGCGGCAGCAGCACCGGCAAGUUGCGGGCAACUGCGCGUCAUCACCAACACCAACACCAUCACAGUCAUCACCAAGGGGUGCCGCAUUUGCAGCAGUGCAGUUCAGCGGCGGAGCCCGGACCAGAGCACCACGCUGCUCGCCGCGCAGCCUCCACCACCGUGAACGCUCCGUGGGGCCGCGCUCCGAAGAGGGCGAGACACGCACCGGUCCUGCACCAACAGCAACAGCAGCAGCAGCUGCAACCAGUCGCUGCCUCGGCAGCUGAGGAUGUUGCUACCAGUUGGUCACAUCAACAGCUACAGCAACAACAGCAACAGCAGCAGCAGCAGCAGCUACAAAACCAUGUGCCACAACCACAACACCAGAAUCAUCAUCAGGCAAUUACUCAUCAACAACAGGCGUGGCUGGCUCAACACCAGCACCAACAACAACAACAGCACCACCACCAACAACAACCCUUGCAACAGCAACCAGUACCAUCAUCCCACCAACAACCACAAGAAGCGAAGGCGUCUGCUCCCAGGGCGUCGGCGUCAGCAGGCGGACCAAUCGGCGGCAGCUCUCCUUUUCUGGCGGAUGCCGGACGCCCGCCGGACGGGGUAAGGCAAUCCGCGCAGGGUCAGCGCAUCAAUCAUAGCGCGGCCCGCCGCUCAGAUUUCCCCCCGGACAGGCUAGCGCUUCCGCCCGCAUCACUUUCGUCCAGUCCGUCGCCCGGUCCUUCCGAUCGGCACGUCCCACCGUCCCAGUCACCUACGGACGGUGCAGACGUCCCACCUGACAACCUUGCCGCCGAACAGGCUCCCGCACCGGACGCUGAGGAAAACAGUACUUCUUCACAACAUCUGUUUGACAAUUUCAUUGUACCCACCGACGCUUUCGAACCAGGUCGACGCUCCUCCUUGCCGUCGUCCGACAAUGAGGAACACGUGCGCAAACAACGCUCGCCACGUAGGCGCAAACGCCGUCGCCGUUCACCCACGGGCUCUCAAAGCGUCGCCACCCGCGACGACGAAGACGACACCCAACCAGCCGACAUUUCCACGCAGGGGUCGGCGGACAACUUUCACGAUGAACAAGACGUUUCGGAGGACGGGACCACCAUGGAGGUAGCCACGCACAGUGUAACGAUCGGUGCGCAGGUUGAGACGCUUGUCUCCCCGCCGACAACUCCAGAUCUCUCUCACCACGACGCAAUUCCCAUGGACACUGGACAGACCCACGGCACAGGAGCAUGGGCCGACGAUAUUGAGGAAGAUACGCCCCCUCCUCCGGAUGAAUUGCCUCCGCCGGACAAGGCUGGCUGUUAA